UCGACGUCAGUCUCGGUUUUAUAACCGCGUUACUGUCAUUUUAUAUUCAAGCUUUGAGCGGUUGAGAACGUGCCAGCAACUGUUUCAUCGAGGGAUUCAAAUCGCGAAGCUUAUUGUUAUAUUCAUUUCCAUAUAUCAAGGUGAGAAAUUAUAGGAUAUCUUCUGGACAGCGUGCUUGCGGCCCCACUGUCAAGCCAGAAUGAUAACCAGAAGAAGAGGCCGUACUAUCAACAACACAAUGUCCCUAGAAGUUGAAGUGGUGGAUGCGGUGGAAACUGUAGAGGAUCUGCCAGGUUCUUCUGUGGGUUUCCCAGCUGACAGCAUUGACACUGGUGGAAUAGAGCUAGAUGAUCUGUUUGGAAAUGAAGACUUAAAAUGGACACUUGAGAGAGACUCACCACUCUUCGAUAUGGAGUUGGAUGAGCUUGGUGUAUACUGUGCCAAGGAUCAAGAUUCUGGGAUUGAAGCUUCAACAGGCUCAUCUCCAGAGAGAAUGUCAUCUGAUUUGAAGAUCAAGAACAGACAAAACCAGUCGAGCCAUGUGAUCAACAAAAAUGCAAUUGCUGCCAGAUUGAACCGUCUCAAGAAGAAGGAAUAUGUCAACAGCUUGGAGAAGAAAGUCGGCAUCCUGUCAACAGAAAACAACAUGCUUAAACAGGAAAAUUCUCAGCUGACCAAGAGAGUGGAAGAACUGGAAGAUGAAACCAGGUACCUAAGAGCUGUGCUGGCCAAUGAGAGCAUGUUAGGCCAGCUCUUGUCCAGGCUGAGCGGUGUGAAUGGGAUGAAAUUAUCUUCCUCGCUUUUCCAGGGGCCCGACUCAAACGACCACGACUAUGCCUUACCCAGGAAGCGUGUGAAAGUGGAGGAGAAAGAGACAUCUGGUGGCGUGUGUCUGCAUGUGGACAAGAACCAUGUCUCAGUGGAGUUCUGCACUAAGUGUGCAGAGAGCGCAAGCACAUCGCUCACAAUUUUCUUCUAGGUAAUGGUUGAUCCACCAUGCGGGAUGAGUGGCUUUCUGAACACCUUUACCUGCUUGACUCCAUGGUAAGGAUCAGACAAGAAAAGACCUUUUUUUUUGUUGAUUUUCCAAAGCGAUCAGCAGCAACCUUAGUACUUCUGUUGUUAGACAGUUCUUGCUCCCAGCUAGUGGAUGUUGAGUCUCUCUAUUAUUUCUUUUGUUAAUGGUUUGUUGUUAUAGGAAUUGAUUUUAUUUUAGUUAACAUGUAACUAAGAGUUAAAUCAAAGUAUCCUGAAUGCUAAGAUGUUAAGAUGAAGGUGAAGGUCCACAAAGAGAGAUUUUGAAUCAGCUGUAUAAUUGGAACAAAAUAAUCCAUGGAAAAAGAUAAGUAUGUUUAUACUUUAUUUUGGUCAGAACUGAUCUCUUUGUGAACCUGCACCACUGUACAAAAGAAUAUUUUCAUUUAGCGCCACCUAUUUUUCUUUAUGCUAAAGUGGAAUCUGCUGGUGGAAGGCGAAGAGGCUGGACAAGCUGCUGGCAACGUGGCCUGGUAUUUUUUUAAAGGUAGUAUUGGUAACAAAUGGUAUAUGUGACAUUUUACCAAAACUCUACAACAUCUGUAGCUGUAGGUAUAGUCAGUAUAGCUCUUGCAGCAUUUUUUGGGGGGUUAACUACAGCUACUCCAUUACUUGGAGCAAUGCUACCAGAAGCUUAAGUCUCAGAAUUAUGUCUAGUAUAUAUUUACAUGUACUCAGUGAAUACAUCCUCAAUGAUCUGCUUUAAGUGAUGGAAUUUUCCAUUUUGAUCAAGUGGAACAAACUGUAAAUGUAUAUAUAACUUGGAAUACUAUACUUUGUUUGAAGUAAAUGACCUUGAGAAAUGUUGGACAAAAUAAAUCAUAUUUUCAUUAAGUUUUGAGUUAUAAAUA